AUGUUUUCUGACCUUAAAUCAUCUACGCAAACUGGACCCAGUUGCAACAAUAUAAACGAACUUGUCGAACCAAUGAGCCGUCAUUCCGCCUCUUCGAUCGACUCUACUCGUAUUCCCCCUAACCUUUUUCGCUCUCUUGUUUCCCAACUGCAAGGUCAAUGUGCAUGCCCCGAGGCACUAGUUCGCCGUCUUCAAGCCUACGUUGCGUCUGCUCAAGCUAGUUUGCAUCAGGCUUUGCGAGAGCGCGGCGUUACUCUUGUCAAUGAUGUCUCAUUUAAUUUUUGUCAGCAAUCUGGCUCUGGGCUCCACUCUCCUGCUUCAUUCACAGCAUCAUCCAGCCCAAGCGGUACAGCCUCCGCCUGUAACACUGCACAAAUCGCUGCAUGCAAUGGUCCGUCUGCUGUUGGAUGGUCAACUAUCAAUUCCACCAUAUCCAGGGUCACUUCCAGCGUCGGUCUCAAUGUCUCCGGAAAAGCAGGUUUUGCGGGUCCUAUGGGGAUAAAUAUAAACAGCGGUAUCAAUACAUGUGCCUUAUCUACUAACUCUAAUUCUGGCACUAAUACUAAUGUCCCGAAUGCCAAAAGUAAUGCGAGUAGUCGAGUCUCUGGGACCGUCUCGCGCUCUCGUCCCUAUGAGCGAGCAGGCUUUGCAGUGACUGAUGAUAUCUCGCGGCUGGUGCCCUUUCCAUCGAUUGAUGAGUCGUCUGGGGAUCCUUCUUCGCAAUUAUCAAUGCAUUUAUCGAGUGAAGCGAAUACCGAAACAGGAUUCCGUCGCUUUUGGCCUGUCGGUCGAGCAGGAAUGCGGUCUAUGCGAGCACCAUAUUCGGCAACUGGACCAGGAAAUGGCCAAGGUGCCAUUACCACUUCACUAGAUACGCGAACUUUUGGCAAUUCUUGCGAUACCUAUCUCCUUAUUUACCUGGUCAAUCCAUUUUUCCAGGUAGAUUUAUAUUUUGAUUUCAGUGCCAUGAAUAUGCCUUGA